CGACAUAUUGAGGUUGUCAAAUCAAAGCCAACGAGGAGGCGCUGUCCCGUCGUCGUCUGAAUUACGUCAUGCACAAACAGCUGGUCGUUGGCAAAAAAAAAUCUGGAAAAAAUGUAGACCAGCACAGCGACUGAGAACUGCAGCCGGGCUGUAGCCCAUCACAAAUCUUUUUGCUUUUAACGAUGUGGCAGCUGGAACGUCUGGGCUCAGGAUGUAGCCCUCCGCGGCUCCUCUUGCUUGUUUACACCUCUCUCUGCGCUCUUGGAGAUUGCCUUUUUGUGACUGAAUACUUCACCCGUACGCCUCGUAAGCUGAAUGCUUUCAACUCCUUCGCCAGUGUGGAACUGUUCCACUUCAAUGUGCCUGACGACACCAUGAUGGCCGUAUGGAACCUCAUCACCUUCAAGGAGCAAGGGGGCACGUUCGGAGACAGCUGCCCAAACCGCAAUGUGACUGUGUACUUCAGGUCCGGGGCUCCUCCUGUAAUCAACCCCCUGUACACACGCUUCCCUCGGGAUACAGUCGUCCCAGGAUCCUUUGCAGUGACUCUGACCUGGACUCUUCCAAACCGUACAACGGGAGCAUUCAAUGUGACCAGCCCGCUCCCUGGAGACUGGUUCCUAGCCGCACAUUUACCCAAGGAUGAAGGCAAGAUUUCAGUCAAGGGUCUAUCUGAAGAAUGCCAGUAUCUGUUCCAACCUCAGCUCAUUGUCCAGAAGCUGAUUGGGAUUUCAGUGCUCUAUCCUGGAUAUUUCAUCGACCAGAUGAUCCCCAUCCACAACAGAUCUGCACUUUAUAAAGUGUUCAUACCCAACUAUAUAUCGAAGGUGAAAGUUCAGCUGGUAAACUGCAGCACCAAGAACAAGAGUAGCGACAGUUGUCCCGUGGUGCUGAAGAUAAGAGCGCGGGCGCCGCCGGUGCAUAACUCAAGUGCCCUCGACUGCAGGGAGUGGAGCCCUUGUGAAUUAGACACCCUUGUACCUGCCUGGGAACAAUGGUACUACAUCCUGGUGGAGAGAUAUCUAGGAAACUCUGAUGUCUACUUCCGCAUCGGGGUGCAGGUGACAGAUUGCUCCAAGUCCAAUUUGUCAAAGGACCAGUCACAACCCAGUUCCUCGAUGAACAUGCCACAGUCUUUCGGGACAGCGAUGGGUUUUUCCUUGUCUGAUACGCUCUCAAUGGCGGCACUGCCCAGCCUCUCGCAGAAUGCCAGUCACCUGCACACCUCGGAGGACAGCAUAAUUUACCUCACCCCAACUGCCGACACUAACAAGUGCUGGCCAAUCCGUCCGACUCUGCGAAACGAGUUGGACACCUUCUCUGUGCACUUCUACGUCUUCUUUGGUCCAAAUAUAUCGAUUCCACCGGACAGGGCCGCCGUGUUCGCCAUCAACCUCAUGCCAGUUUUAGACAGCGGAGGAGUCCUCAACAUGGAGCUCAAGCUCAACAUGUCUACGCUGAAAGGCGCUAAUGUCACAGUGUUUGGUUGCCUGAACCACGGGAUGCCUCUCUUCCUGCAGGAAAACUCAUCACUGAAAUGUGAAUCAGAAUCCGUGGCCGGGUUUUUCCUUUCCGUGAACGCCUCCGCUAACAUCACCAAACUGAGAAUUCCCUAUCCACAAACAGGCACCUGGUACCUCAGUCUGCGCUCUCUGUGUGCCACUGAACACGGAUUUGAAGUAUGCACCAAUGUCACCGCCGAGGUAUAUAUGCGCUCUUACCUGACUCCAUGCAUCAAUGAUUGUGGGACAUAUGGACAGUGCAAGCUUCUGCGCACCAACAACUACCUUUAUGCUGCAUGUGAAUGCAAAGCAGGCUGGGAUGGCUGGGGAUGCACAGACAACUCGGAGGCCUAUUCCUACAGUUUCCAGCUCCUCUCCACCCUGCUGCUCUGUCUCAGUAACCUCAUGUUUGUCCCGCCAGUGGCCAUCGCAAUCCGAAGCCACUACCUGCUGGAGGCUUCAGUUUAUAUAUUCACCAUGUUCUUCUCCACUUUCUACCAUGCAUGUGACCAGCCAGGCAUUGUGGUCUUUUGCAUAAUGGAGUAUGAUGUCCUGCAGUUCUGUGACUUCCUCGGGUCGCUCAUGUCAGUUUGGGUCACUGUCAUUGCUAUGGCCAGGCUAAAGUCCAUCAUCAAACAGGUGCUGUAUCUGCUGGGGGCAAUGUCUCUUUCCAUGGCUUUGCAGCUGGACCGUCACGGUCUGUGGAACCUGCUGGGACCCAGUCUGUUUGCUCUGGGCAUCAUGGCCGUGGCAUGGAUUCCUGUCAGCGUAUACCAGACCCAAACACAUCAAGCAGACAGCCUGGCAGUCUGAUGGGACCAGAAAGGUCAUGCUACAUUUCAGAUGCUGUGUUGAGAGGGAUGGCUGAACGCCGGCGCUGGGAGAUUUAAUAAAGUCUGUCGUGGGUAUAUACAAUGUGUAGCCCCGCACAGACAUCUGUCAUACGGGACCAAAUGAUGACUGGCUUUUGAAACCGUGAAAAGCCUUGGGGUUUGGAGUGUGCUAAUGAUGCUCGCAGUUUAAGAUGCAAUAGUGUCACGGCUUUAAAAUUAAGGGCCCUUGUCCUUGUAGUUUAGGCUCAGAUGUAAGUGCUAAAGACAGCAUGCUGCUGGUCAGAAGGACAAGGGCUUUAAUUAUCACCCCUCAAUGUCAACACUGUUGUGAGUGUUGACAUGCCAAAUCUUCGAGUGUGUCAUUUAAGUUAACGUCUACAAAUGUAACAAGAGCCUUCUUAAAAUCAUCAUUUCCUAACAGCAAUUAGCCUAAGUCAGGAUGACAUCUAAUAACUUUUAAAACUGAUGCAAACUUAGAUGAUAUGGUAAUUCCAUCUUCCCAUUUUGGAACUGCAAACUUGCUGACACUGUACCAGUCAUUACUGGAAGCAAACACAGGAAACAAAUCAGUGAGUGUGUAGGUCCUGAAAUCUUUCCAUGUGAUAUUACCACCCUGGGAUUUGGGUCCCUCCUCUGUCGCUCUCUCUGGGGUUUGUUUUGUGUGUUUUUUCUUAUUCAAAUUGAUGCUCUACUGAUAAAGAGAGUUGUAGCUUUUAAUGAGCAAUCUUUGCUCAAAAUUGACUUGAUUUCUUUCUUUCUGUCUUCUAUUCUAUUCCAUUUU